AUGAGACUGGACAAGAACGGAGAGGUGGUCCACAACUCCCAGGACAUGGCGGACCAGGAGCUCAACCAUUUCGCGAAGAUACAGGCAGGCAAGAUCGUGACAGCGGACGACCUUGCCCAUAAGUAUAAUCAGGACAGCAAGACCAGGCCCUUCGACGGCACGCUGGAUCUCUCCAUGGUGAUGCCCCUGUCCGUCUGCCAGGCCCAGUUCGCCGCGGCCAAGGCUGGGGCGCAAGGAGGCCCUGACGGGCUCACGAACGCCAUCCUCAGGGCGGCUCCUGCAGAGGCAGCCACGCUGCUACACCCCCUCUUCACCAAGGUGGCGACCGCGGUGCGGGAGCCGCUGAGCUUCAAGGGCGGGGAUCUGGUCGCCAUCCCCAAAGGCAAGGGCGACCCCCGCUAUCUCCUAGCCUACCGCGAGAUCCUCUUAAACAAUGUCCUGGGCAAGCACCGCCACAAAUACCUGAGGGCCAUGCUCAACGCCACCCUCGCCAUAGCGCUGGAGAACAUCCAGGUUGGCGGCCGGCCCAAGCGAGGGGCUGACAUGGCGGUCCUAGCAGCGCGCCUCUUCACCGAGAGAAGCCAGGCCCAGGGGAAGUGCUCCAUGAUCAGCUGCUACGACCUAAAGGAGGCUUUCUACUCGGUUGUCGUCCAGCUGGUCCACGGCAUCCCAGGCGAAGAGGACGAAGUCAGGGAGGUGCUCGACAACCUAGAAGUUCCCCUGUGGGCCCAGCCGCAGCUGGAGCACCUCAUGGCCAACCCAGGGAUACUCGACACCGUGCUGGAUGGCUCCCACCUGGCUGCCCUCAUUGCCGAAGGGUAUCGCAACAGGUGGACAUCGCACAGGUUCACCCAGAGCUUCAUGGCGCCGCACAAAGGCACGAGGCCUGGCGUGCCCCUCGCCGACGCGGACUUCAAUCAGCUCUUUGGCCGCGUCCACCGCAUGAUCGACAGCUACCUUGCACAGUUCGAGCAGCACCGAGCCAAGUACUACCACUUUGACCAGCACGACGGUGUCGAGUACCACAGGUUCGAGGGCCAGCCAGCCAGCCACUACUUCAACCAGCACGACUGGCCCGAGCACCACAAGUUUGGCACCACAGUCAUAAGCAGUAUCGCGAUGACCAGCACGACCGAGUCGAG